AUAAAGGCUGCGUGCAGGGGCUGCAGCAGCUCAGACGGGAGGCCGACAUCAGCCGUGCAGGGGCUGCAGCAGCUCAGACGGGAGGCCGACAUCAGCCGUGCAGGGGCUGCAGCAGCUCAGACGGGAGGCCGACAUCAGCCGUGCAGGGGCUGCAGCAGCUCAGACGGGAGGCCGACAUCAGCUGCGCAGGGUCUGCUUUGAAGAAAGCCUAGCAGGAUCCUGCAGUGAAUAUGGAUUUUUUUCAAAGAGCUCCUCCGUUCCUCAUCCAGCUCCAGAAUAUUUUGAGAAAAUAUCCAGAUGGAGGACAAAUCCUUAAAGAGUUGAUACAGAAUGCUGAUGACGCUAAAGCCACUGAAGUCACUUUUAUUUAUGACGAAAGGGAAAAUGGGACGGAUACUCUGUAUGCGAAGGACAAGCAUGUCAUCCAAGGUCCGUCUCUUCUGGUGUACAAUAAUGAGAUGUUCAGUGACCGCGAUUGGGAAGGAAUCCAGAGACCCGGAAAUAGUAUCAAACGCAAAGACCCCGACACUGUUGGGAGAUUUGGUCUGGGCUUCAACUCUGUAUAUCACAUGACAGAUUAUCCAGCCAUCUUCAGUGGAAAACAUAUUGGAAUUCUGGAUCCACAAGAAAAUAUAUUCCACAGAGGAGGUCGUUUAUGGAACAUUGCAAAAAAAGAUCAGUUUGCAGAAGAUUUGAAGAACCAAUUUCAGCCAUUGAAGAGUGUGUUGGAGACACUUGGUCUAGACAGUUGGAAGGAAAUCCUUGAUUCUGGCUGUUUAAACGGAACUCUCUUUUGCUUCCCUCUUCGACUUUGCCCAUCUGAGAUAUCUGAUAACAUAUAUACCGGGGAAAGGGUUGAAGAACUCUUUGAGUCUUUCAUGAAAGAUUCUCAUAUUGCCCUUCUUUUUCUUCGUCAUAUUUCAAGCAUUUCUUUGAAAAAAAUUGGAAAGGAUGGAGUAACGAAGACUCUUCUCAGCGUUACCGUAUCUUCUGAAAAGUUACUAGAAGCGGAGCCGGCUGGAAUUGCCAUAGAAACACAUUGUAAAGUUAUUUCACUAAAGUACAUGGAUAACACAAAGGAAGAAUGUAAAUGGUUGGUGACCACCAGCAACGACCAAGGGAGUUUCUUUCCAGAACUGACUGAGCUGAGCAACAAACUAAGCAACAAAGCUGUCCUUGACCUGCAGAAUAUGGAUUUAUUUGGAGGGCGUCUGAAUUGCAUUCUCCCACUUCCAGACAAGGAAGAAAACCAAACUGGACUUCCAUGCCUUAUCAAUGGAUGUUUCGAUCUCACAGACGACAGGAGAAGCUUGAAGUGGCCUGAAACUGACCAACAGCAUGAUGAUGGUGCUAAAUGGAACCAGAUCUUGGUAGAACAAGUCUUGCCUUUAAUUUAUACCCAGGCAGUAAAAAAUGGCAUUUCUUUAGUCAAGACGUCAAAAAUUACAGUAGAUAUGACAUACGGAAUUUGGCCAGAUCCUGAAAAAACUGCACACAAAUCCAGAUGGCAUGGUAUCGUAAAAAAGAUUGCCAUCUACCUCGAAAAUGAGAGAGUUCUGCAAACAACGGAUAGAACGCAAUGGAUAACUGCAAGUGAAGCUGUUUUCCUGAUGAUGGAUGAUAUGGAAAUGCACGCUUGUUUAGAGGAAUUGCUUCUCCUUGUAAAAGUUCCUCUAGUUAAAGUUCCUGGUCAUGUUUUUAAGAUUCUUCAGCUGGCUAAGAAGGCCACUUCAGAUCUGAAUAUUGUAUCUCCACGCUUUGUGAGGAGCCUGUUACAGAAGAAGAAUGCGUGGCUUCACUUUCCAACAGAGAAGAAAUUGUUGCUUCUGAAAUACGUAAUCAGUGAUGGACAACAUGACGCUCUACUGAAUCUGGAACUACUGCCAUUAUCUGAUGGAUCAUUCACAUGCUUCCAAAAUACAGCGUUCAAUGGCAUUGUAUACAUUGACAGCAAAAAGAUUCCAAGAACCUUAUUACCCGGGCUCGCAGACAGAUUUAUUCCAGAAGACCUACCUGAUGAUCUACAUUUGUUCUUCGUGAAUACUGGAAAGUCAAGAACAUAUAAGAAUCUUGUGUGCUUGACUAAAGAAAUCAUAUGCAAGACAUUACAAGCAGCUCUUCCACAGAAAUGGCAUAAUUGUACUGACAAAGUUAAUUGGGAUCCAGCAGAUUCGGAUAACCCACCAGUGCAAUGGCUUGCUACAGUGUGGACCUUCCUCCAGCAAUAUGAUGACAUUCUAGAUUUCUUUGAGUAUCAGCCAAUUGUUCCAUUAACGCUAAUCAAAGACAAUUCAAGCAGCAUCCUACUAGCAAGGCUGAAAAGGAAAACCAUUAUUUUUCAAGACAGUGAUGGCCACAGCAUUGCCGAGGGCUUAACUGUAAUACUGGAGAAAGCUGGUUGCAUUAUAAUUCGAGACAAGAAUGCUUGGAUGUGGCACAAAAAUCUGCACCUGUUCAUAUUGACUCCAACACCAAAUAAUAUUCUACAAGUGCUUUCCAACUUGAACCUUGACCACAUUUUGAAAGUCUUCAGGAGUGCUCCAAACAAAGAUGUAAAGAUGUUUUGUGACUUCUUGUCUCAAGCUUACCGCUUCACCCCAUCCGAACUGGAUACUUUAUUGAAGUUACCAAUCUUUUGCAGCGUCAAAACCAUUGCAUCCUCUCAUUCCAUGGUGGCGGUUGCCGGGUGCUUAAUUGCAUUGGACUGCAGCACUGUCCCAGCUGUACCUGACACUUUGGUGUUCCCAAAUAGUGUGAUAAAAUGUAGAGAUGAAUCAGACAAGAGACUUCUACAGUUGAUGAACAUUCGAUUACUAAAUGCAGUAGAUGUUGCUAUGCUGAUGGUGAAAGCAAUUCAAAAUGGCUCCUACGUUAAUCAUCCAGAUAAACAAGAAAAAAUAAUGUUCUGGAUAUUGAGAAACGGAUAUGCCCUGUUCACUCAGAAUGACCAACUGAAAGCCAUGUGCAGAAACCUUCAAUUUAUACCUUGCAAUGGUCAUCUGCAACCACCAUCUGUUCUUUAUGAUCCUAAAAUUGACACCUUGAGAGUUUUGUUUGAGUCUGAUAAAUUCCCUCCAGUGAACUAUCAUGAAGAUUCAAUACUGAUGUCACUACGAAUGUUAGGAUUGCUAGACUCCAUACAUAAAAUUACACCAGAGGACGUUUUACAAAUUGCUCAGCAAUUGAGUCAAGCUGGGAAGGUUCCUGCUGUCAUAAAAAAAGCUGACGCUCUUAUUAAGGUUUGCAACAACACUACGGUUUUAACAAAGUUUAGUUCGCACAACUUGAAGGCACUUUGUAGCCUUUGUUGGGUACCUCUUAUCUCUAAAGGUGCAGCCACAUUAAGUGAGCCAAAAAAUAUGAGAAGCAAUGAGUACUGUAAUAUAGUUGAAUUUUCGAUGCCUCUAACCAACCUUUUCACUGAAAAAGCAAAUCAGAUUCUUGGCUUAAAUGAUCUCCCACCUCCUGAAAAAGUUGUUGAAAAUCUUAAAGCACUCAGCCUGAACUACAAGUCAACAGACCAGUACUCCUUUUAUAGGAAACUACAUGACAUUUACAAGUAUAUACAAGAUCAUAUUCAUAAAUUUCAUAGUGAUCUUCUCAAAGACGUUGUGAUUUGGAAUGGUAAUGGUUUCUCUUCCCCACACGAGACUGUCUUAUGUUACCCAGAAGGCUUGGACCUUACCUCCUGGGUGAAUAAGGCGACACCUGACUUUAUACCUUACAAAUCUCUCUUUACUAGAUGCGGAGUAAAAACUACAUUACCACACAAUGAAGUCAUUCAAAUAUUGUAUACAUUAAAAGAUCACAUAGACAAUGAACGUUCCGAUUCUGGAUCUACCAAAGACCUGAAGCUUGUAAUUUCUAUCUUGGACUGGAUGAAGGUUAAUUCUGUAGGUGGAACGGAUGAGCUUCCUAUACCAGUGCAGUCUGACAAGAGGUGUUUUAGCCUGAAACCACUCUCUAAAACAUUGUACUAUGACAUGGAGAAACAUGAUCUAUCCAGUACUUCUAGUACCAGUAAUUACAUGGACUAUUAUAUUGUGCAUGAAGAAAUUUCCAUGGCCACAGCUAAAUACCUAAAUAUUCAGUUACUGAGCACCAAGGUGUUAAAGCCAGAGUUUUUUGAUCCAUGGGGACAAUCCGAACCAGUGACUCUAAGAAUAAAAAAUAUUCUUCGAGAAUAUAGUGAACAUGUGGAACUCUUUAAAGAAAUGAUACAGAAUGCAGAUGACGCAAAUGCAACAGCCUGCCAUUUUUUAGUAGAUAUGAGACAAAACUCUGAAAUACGGAAAACACUUAUAGAUCCUGGAAUGGCUAGUUGUCAUGGUCCAGCCCUUUGGUCAUACAACAACAGUAAAUUUACAGAUGCAGAUUUUAUCAAUAUUGUACGCAUUGGAGCAGCCACUAAAGAAACCCAGGUGCAGAAAAUUGGCAAAUUUGGCUUGGGGUUUAACACUGUGUACCAUAUCACAGAUGUGCCCUCCAUAAUGAGUGGAUCAAAAGUGCUUAUAUUUGACCCAAAUGCAAACCACUUGCAGAAGCACAUCAAGCAGACAAAUCCAGGCAUGAAAUUGGAUCUCCAGAUUAAUUCUGAACUGCUCCAUAUAUUUGCUGACCAAUUCAAGCCGUACUCCAAUGUGUUUGGUUGUAAACUUGCACAGCCCUUUUACUUUGAUGGAACUCUUAUUCGUCUACCGUUCCGAACAGAAGAAGAAGCUAGAGAGACAGAGAUUUGUCGUCAAACAUUUGGUGAAGGGCAGAUAAACUUGUUCAUGACAGAUUUUGAGAACUCUUCAGAAACUCUUUUAAUUUUCUUAAGAAAUGUCAAAGAAGUAACUUUAAGUUAUCUCUCCAAUGUUCAAAGCCCUGGAUUUCAGACUGAAAAAAUACAUCUUCAAAAAGAAACUGUCCAAAACAUUCAUGUUUCUCAAACUGAGUUCUUACAACAGGAGCAGCUAAACGCAUCUGAACAGUUAUGUUUGCAUAUGGAUGCCUUGGAUAUUAACUGCACAAGCAUAGUCAAAAUUUCUGCACAGAAAAAUAAUAAAACUGAUAUAGAAUUCUACAUUAUGCAGUCUGGCCUUGGCAUAAGCAAAUCCAUCAAGAAUUUCAUGCAAAAUGAAAACUUAUUUUGUCUUCCAGUUGCUGGUGUUGCCCUUCCUCUGAAGAAAAAUCUUAGUACUGGAAAAUGGACCUCUGAUUUGCAAGGUUUUAAAGGGAUGGUGUUCUGUUUCCUUCCGCUUCCAGUUUCUACAGGCCUACCUUUUCAUAUAAAUGGAACCUUUUCUGUCAUGUCAAAUAGAAAAACCUUAUGGGAAACGACUGUGAAAGGUGAAUGGAAUAAUCACUUACUCUGUGAUGCUGUUCUAGUUGCUGCCAUAACUGCCUUACUGCAACUACAAAUGUUGAAUGGAAAUGGAGAUGUAGAGGACUACGACUAUCACACAUUUUGGCCUGACAUUGCAAAAGUGAACACCCAUUUUGCAGGAAUGGUUAAAAGCUUUUAUCGUGCAGUGGCCUUUGGAUUAGAGGGCUCUUUACCUCCUCUAUUUAACAGUGGACAAGAAUAUUGCACCAUAAAACAUGCAUGCUUUCUAGACCUAGAAAUGUUCAAGGAUGAAACCACUCAACUACUUGCCAAAAAAGUAUUUUCCAUGCAUCUGAAAAAACCAUACUUGGCAGUUGAGCUCCCAGAUUGGGUAAAACAUGGCUUCAGUGUGAGUAACGGCUACAGCGAGCUACAGAAAAACUUCUACAACUGUGAAAGAUUCUACAGGGAGAUAGUAUUUAAAAACCUGGACAGUUUAGAUAUAGAAGACCGAAAUGCCUUAAUAGUAUAUGCCAUUGAUAUGAAAAAUGAAGAACUGAACGGUUUAUUGUUAUCAAAACCUUGCAUCCCAUCAUUUCAUGGCAACCUACAAUUCAUAACAAACUUGGUGCACCCGACAGGGAAAGUGUCUGUACUGUAUGACCCUGAGGAGGGAUGUUUUCCUGAUGGGGAAGAAUUCCUUAACCAAGAGAGACUAGAGUCCCUACACACUCUGGGUUUACUUAAGGACAAACUACCUCUGAAAGAACUGAUGGUAAGAGCGGGUAAAAUACAACACAUCUGGGGAUACGAUCGUAAUAAAGCAUUAAAACAAAUAGUUUGCAUACUGGAUCUGUUAAAUGAUCUACUGAAAGAACAUGGUUCAAUUGAAAACAGAGACUUCAGAGACAUCGUCUUCCUUCCUGCAGUGCCUCCACAAAGCAAUGCCACUGAGCUAAAAGAUCUAACUUUAAUGAAGGCGAAAGACCUUUAUCAUUACAAACACAAGGCCCUUGUCUGCAUGACUUGCCCAAUCCUAAGCCAAAAACAUUUGGAAAACCUUAAAUUGCCUCAGAAUUUGAUGGCUUUUCUUGGCAUUGAUCGUCAACCAUCUUUCCAGAUUGUUAUAUCUCAACUACAGGAGGCUUACGACGGUACAAAUUUGCUGAGCAGGGAUCAGUCUUUUUACAUUGCAAAAGAGUGUUACAGUUAUUUAAAUAGACUCCUGCAAAAGGAACCACACCAUGCUGACCUGAUAAAGCAACAAGCCUCGGCUUUUCCUUUUGUCUACAUAGAUAAUGAAUUUGUUGCCGUGAAUGUGGUCGCAAAGGAAAAUCAUUUUGAUGCCUCCCCUUAUUUAUAUAAACUACCAAAGCAUUAUGAAAGUUAUCAAAAUCUGUGGGAUACUGUUGAGAUUUGUAGAGAAUUUUCAGUUUUCCAUUAUUUUUCCAUCUUGGAAAAGAUGGCUGUUGAACACCAAGGAACCCCACUUUCACAGCGCAAACUUAUUUUGGCAAUAGAUUUGAUUAAUCAUAGCCUUGACAAAAUACCAGAUGAAAAUGUAAGUAAUUCGUUUGACACAAGUCAAGCUUUUGUGCCAGACAUGAAGUGUAUAUUACGCCGUGUGGAUAAAAUCUUUUACAAUGACACUCCCUGGCUUCCCUAUGACAAAGAUCUAAACUUCUGCCAUGAACAAAUUCCUCGAGCUGUGGUGUCAAAGUUGAGAAUCCAAACAAGAAUCCAUCAUACGCUUCAAAAAUUAAAAGUUUCAAAUCUUUCCAAAUGGGCUUCCCAGUUUGGUGCGAAGGAAAAAAUCACUACGCGAAUCAAAAAUAUUUUGGGGGAAUAUUCUUCAAAAAAAGAUAUACUUAAAGAGUUGCUUCAGAAUGCAGAUGAUGCUGAGGCUACUGAAGUUCAUUUUGUGCUGGAUUGCAGAAAGCAUGAAACAGAAAGAGUGUUUGGACAUGAGUGGCAUCCGCUACAAGGUCCAGCUCUUUGUGUAUACAACAACAAAAAGUUUGAAUCAAAGGAUAUUGAUGGAAUUCAACAUCUGGGUAUUGGUGGCAAGGAGAAGGAUUUAGACAAAACUGGAAAGUUUGGACUUGGCUUUAAUUCUGUAUAUCACAUAACGGAUUGCCCUUCUUUCGUAAGUGCUGAUACCUUAAUGUGUGUCUUUGAUCCUAACCUUCUGUUUUUGGAUUGUUCUGAUGAUACCAGUCCAGGUUCGAUGUUUACCGUUAAUAAUAAGUUCAAGGAGACAUUUCAGGAUGUGUAUAAAACCUUUUUACCAUCCAUGUUCAAUCUACAAGAAGGAACAAUUUUCCGAUUACCACUGAGAACAGCAAGUACUGUGUCAAAGUCAGAAAUUAGUGACCAGACUUCCUCACUUCAAGACAUCAAAGAUAUGUGUACAGAACUUGAUAAAGAUGCCAACAUGAUCUUGUUUUUAAAUCAUAUUAGAAAAAUCACUUUCUCUGAAAUGUCAAUCACUGGAACUUUUAAGGAAGUAUUUUCAGUUGAAACUAAAAUUGAUGAGACGAAUGCAAAGAAAAUAUGUUUGUUUCAGCAAAGACUAAGCAACUAUGUUAAGAAUGAGGGUUCCUUAUCUGAGAGCUCACUGUUCAGGAUUUCCUCAACUGCUGAAAUAAAACGCAGCAGCUCAAGUACUACAACUCAUUGGUUUAUCGUUCGUCAACUGGGAAUUGAAGACCCGAAUGGUUUCAAUACAUUAGAGGAAGUUUCAGCCAAAUUAAAGCAAAACCGUGUACCAAAUGGAUCCAUAGCUGCCUGCCUUAAUAACUCAAUAAAAGGUAGGGCUUUCUGUACUUUGCCUCUUCCUCUAGAAACUGGUCUCCCGGUACACAUAAAUGCUAAUUUUAUUGUGGAUGCAGCACGUAGGAACAUCUGCAAGGAGGAUGGUGAUAGCCCAAAGACUGCAUGGAAUAUGUUUCUCCUCUCAAAUAUUAUAGCACCACUGUAUUGCUACCUUCUCGAGUGUCUACGUGAAGAAUUAACAAAGUAUAGAGGAAAAUCACUACAUUUUCAAUGUUUUGACUCCUGCAAGAUAUUCUUGGAUGACUUCCUAUCAUUUUUCCCUAUUAAUACUGAACAUGUGCCACCGGAGUGGCAAACUGUAGUUACAAGAGUCUAUUUGACUGUCUAUGAACAGAAACUGCUAGUAAUUCCCAUUUACAAAAAAUGCCAUACAAAAAAGAAAUUUGAGGAGAAAAAAAGCGUACUUGUCAAGUGGUCAAACAUUGGAAAACCCUGCAUCACUGAGGAGCCAUUCUUUUUAAUUCCAGAGGAAAACAAGGAUAUUGAACUUGUACUUCACAACCUCAACAUGCAGCUUGCUUAUGGAAGCCUCAUGUGUAAAGCUUUUAAAGAAGCUGGUGUAGAUGUCCUUGAAUUAAACCCACAAUCUCUGUGCCGUUUCUUGAGGGAAAUCACUUUACUUACUAAUGGAAAUUCUCUACCUGCACCUGUUGGUACUUCUGUAUUCAGAAAUGAGGAAAACUGUAACUCUCUAUUAAAAUAUUGCUUAAAAGAGCAUGUCUCAAAAAAAAUUGAUCUGCAAGGAGUUCCUCUGUUAGUUACUGUGGAUGGCAUGCUUCAUUACUUUGAUCGAGAUAAACCAAAAUUUUCCCCAAGAUUCUCAAAGCUUUUUCCUGAUGCAAGCAGUAGCUUUAUACAAUACUGGGAUACUUGCCUUUUGGAGACCUAUGGUUUUGUGAGACAAUUAGAUAUAAAGAGUUCUUUCACUUUAGUGAAAAAUCACCUGGGUCCAACGUAUGAAAUUUCUCCAAAAUCAAAAGCACAGCAUCUUCCACUUUCAAAUGAUGUAGCUGAGUGGCUGAAAGAUCUAUGGUCUUUCUUUACAAGUGAAGUUUUAAGGCAGAAGUCUGAUCAGCAAAAGAAAAAGUUUGAUGAAAUUCUUGCUAUCUUUGUUCAAUGGGCAAUUGUACCAGUCAAGUUUAAAAUGGCAUCUAGUAAACCAUCUAAAAAAAUUAUUCUUCCUCUUGCUGAUCUCAAAAACAUCUGCUUUCCAAGCUCCAAUGAUAUGACUGAAUGCCUUUUGAAACUUGGAUUUCCUGAAUUAGAUUUGCUUGUAUUUCAUGAGUAUAUUUUUUCGUAUCUUAAACCCCACAUGUUGAAUACAGAAAAUCUUGAACUGGUACUUGAACAACUAAGUUCUAGAAAAGACCUUCAGUGGACAUUAACAGAUUCAGAAUGUGACAAGCUUCUGUAUUAUAUCUUAAAUAAAUUGCCAUCUGAACAAAACAAGGACAUUCUUUUAAGUAAACUCAAGUCUCUACCCUUGUUUGAAACCAUUGAAGGCAAAAGACAUCAUUUGGCUGCAUUCAAAAAGAUUUACCUGCUGGAGACAACAUUUGACCUUAAACCUUUUCAGCUUUCUGUCCUUCAUCCUUCAACAAUUUACCUUAAAGAUACUUAUUUGAACAAGAUGGUUAAUAAACCUAUGAACAUUCCAUUGAUUAACGACCUAGAAUUACUUGCUAAUCAUCUUCUUAUGGAUCUUGCAUCCCUCAAUGAAAAUCAGUUACUGCACAUUUUACGUAUGGUUUUAUAUCUGGAAUCUCGCAAUGGUUUCCAAAGCAGGAAGGAACAGAUUAUCGAAUCACUUAAGUUUGUAAAGCUGAUUAGAGACAAAUAUGGAGUGCUUCAAAAUGCAUCCUACUUCUAUGAUGAUGAAGUAUAUCUGUUUUCUGUGCUAGACCUUCAGGAGCACUUUAUCCCAAAUGAUUUCUGGAAAAUGUUUGAAAAGGGAAAUAAGAGCAGAUUACAUGCACUUCUACUAAGUCUUGGAAUGAAAUGGUCACUUACAGAAAAAGAUUUUAUUAAAUUUGCAACUAACAUUGAGAGAACUGCAAAAGGCUCUUUGGACUCUUUGGGCUCACUUCAUAAUAAGUCUGAAGCAUUGUAUAAGUAUUUGCUGUCCAUGGAUUUAGAUAAAAUUAGCCAUACAUUUGCUGCUGAAGUCAGAAACAUUGCUUUCAUCACUCCUUUGAAAAUUAGCAAGAAUUUAAAAGCACUGCAUCCAUCAUUCACUGAUCAUGUUGCUACAGUUGCACUUAAUGGUUCAUUACUGAAGGGAAAAGGUUAUGAUUCAUUGAUUUGGACAUCUAUGCCAUUACUUACCAACUCAAACCUAAACAGCAAAAAGAUGAAUGAAUUCCUUAAAGAAUGUGGAGCGCUGCAUGAACCACCUAUUGAAAAGGUCAUUGACAACAUUAAAAAUAUUUGCAAAGCUUCAUGUGAUCGCAAAGACUUGCAGGAAACCAGAAGUGAAGUUCUGAAGCAAAUAUAUGACUUCCUUCAACAAAAAGGCGAGGCGAUUGACAUUACUCCUUUAAAGAAUGUUCAAUUCAUUUUGGUAAAUGAUGAAAAGGAUAUUGCGUUACCAAGACAAGUAGUCUUCAAUCUUCACAAAGAAAACCAUUAUAGGCCAUACUUAUAUAAGCUGCCUCCAUUGCUUGCAUGUUAUAGCAAUCUCUUUCAAAAAGUUGGCGUUGAGGCUGAGUCUUCUGUCCUCCAUUUUGCCAAUAUACUUUCUACAAUUUAUGCAGAGACAUUGGAUAAGACGGGUUUGCAUGGUAAUCUAACAAUAACUGUCUUAAAAGCUACAAAACAACUUUUCAGUUUGCUAAAAGAUAAUAAAGAGAAUCCACAAAUCAAUUCUCUACAUCUUUUAGCUGAGGAUGGUAAACUCUACGAGUCCUCUAGUCUGGUCUUAAAUAAUUGCAGAUCUCCCACUGUAGCUAAAAAAUGUAAUUCUUUAUUUAAGUUUGUUUGCACUUCAAGUAUGACUUCGUCAUAUGACUUUCAUCAACUAGAGAAUCUUAUGAAAUGUUUGCCAAAGAAGCUUCGCCCUAGAAUGCUUUCUGACAUAACAACCGAGUCUCUCAAUUUUGAUGUAAAAGACCUUUGUUCAUAUGGUGAUCAAUGCCCAUUAAAAUUAAAGUUUGAAAAACUAAUUUGUUCUUCUAUAUUUCAAAAUGGUUUGGUCUGUCUUCUUCAAAAUCAGAACAAAGGAAAAAUUAAGGAGGAAGAGUCUACCAAGAACUGGAACCUUAUCUUUGGGAUGUUGAAAAUAAUAUGUUGCUCCAAGUUGCAAACUGUAUUAACAUACGAAGGUAAACCCUUGGAUGGUACGCAAUGCAAAAAAACUGUGUUUGCAACAAAACACAAGGAAAGCGGCUGUCAAAUGUAUUUCCAACAUAGAGACUCAAUGGAGCACUAUGAGAUGAUUCAAGUGGUACAAGUUCUUGCAAAUGAAAUUAACAAUCUGAUAGAAAAUGUAUUAACAUAUCAGUCAUUACAGGUUGUUACUCAAAUGCUUUCCUGCCAUGAUCCCGAAGACAUUACUGAAGUGCUCAAAAAAAAUGAUCUCUGGAAUAAUUUUACAACUCAUUGUACCUUUUCUUUACCAAAUCCGGGUGAUAAAAUUUCUAGUGAAUGGCAUGAUUGUUUAGAUAUGAGCAUUGUGAAUACAUUCAAAGUUGAUGACUAUGUGGGUUACAUGAUUCCGUCACAAGAAGAUUGUUACUUAUACGCAGUGAUUGUAGAGGAACUGGGUACAAAGAUUCUUGGAAGCUGUGAAAUUGAAAUGUAUCUCAUAAACAUUGGUCAAAAUAACAUCAUUGAGGUCAGUGUUCUUGAUUUAUAUCAGUUCAAGAGAUCUGAAAGCCAAAGCACACAGUCUCUUAUUUUGCUUGAGAACCCGCAGCCUCUCCAAAAAAUGCCCUCAGACCGUCAAGAAGUUUCCAUUGAACACAUCAAAAAAGAGAUUGAUCUUUAUUUGAACAAAAUAUGGGGAUUGCCUGAAACUGAACGCAGGCAGGCCAUAAGACGACUAUAUCUGAAAUACCAUCCAGACAAAAACCUUGACCAAGUGGAACUUUACACAGAAGUUUGCAAAUACAUUCAACUCAGACUUAAAGAAAUGGAAUGUGGCAAAAGACUGAGCCAUCAUGCCUCAUCAUCUUCACCAUCAUCAACUAACCGUUCUCGGAAUACUGGCAGUUUUUCUAACUUUUGGGCACAGUGGGAUAGUCAAGCAUCCAACCAUAAACAUAGCCGUCAAUACUUUUCCAGAAGAAACAGAUGUAAUUAUGAUUUUUGGAGAUACUAUAGUACACCCACACAUCCAAAACCUGAAGAAGCAGACAGAUGGUUGAAGCAAGCAAUAUGUGAUCUGAAAGCUGCAGAACAUGAUGUUGGUCAUGGCCACACUGAAUGGGUGUUUUACAAAGUACACCAGGCUGUAGAAAAAGCUUUAUUUGCAGCACAGUACAUUAGGGUAGGAAAACUAGACAGAGAUUACACUAUAGUCCUUUUAGCAAAAAAGGUGUCCACUUACUGUAGCGACCUUCAAAGCAUCCACGAGGAAGUGUCACAACUGAAAGCUUGUGGAGUAGAUAAAGAAAGGACACAAUAUCCCAAUUUCCAUACUCCACCUGGUAUUCCCAAUAAUUCUUUUUCCCCAAGUAAAGAAGAGAAGGUGAUUGCUCUGGUGAAGCAUAUUAUAAAAAAGAUAGAGAGAUACGUACUCGGAUGAGAGAGCCUAGUGCACAACAUUGCUCACUUAAAGGGACACUGACAGGCCCAAUAACCAUAAU